CAAAGUCUUGGUUAUGGUUUUGUUAAUUAUGUCCGUCAGGAGGAUGCCUACAAGGCUGUCACUUCAUUAAAUGGGCUCAGGUUACAAAACAAAACUAUCAAGAUAUCUCUUUGGUCAGGUUAUACUCAUGUAGGUGUGAAAUGCUGUCGGCAUCUCUUGUGCGCAGCAUUUGUGAGAGACAGCAAUGCUGUAUUGGUAUCGUUUGCACGUCCAAGCAGCGAAUCAAUCAAAGGCGCAAAUUUAUAUGUGAGUGGCCUUGCAAAGUCAAUGAGCCAGCUUGAUUUGGAGGCACUUUUCAAGCCAUUUGGACAAAUCAUCACGUCGCGCAUCCUUUCUGAUAACGUCACAGGUAACGUUUUCUCUGCUUCUGCAGCGCCAGUGUCAGUAGCGUCAUUCUUAUGCGCUUUUUAUGCGUUUUUUGCAGCAAUGCAAUGCGAAAAACGCAUAUCGACGAGAGGUUGUCUGCGUGUCCGUGUGUCUGUGCGCCUGUGCGUCUGUGUGUGCGUUUAA